AUGUUCAUGGAACCAAAAAACCAAAAAAACCAAACAGUAGUCUCAGAAUUCCUCCUUCUGGGACUCACAGAAAAACCAGAGCAUCAGACUCUCCUCUUUGGACUUUUCCUCUCUGUGUACCUGGUCACCGUCUUUGGGAACCUGCUCAUCGUCCUGGCCAUCAUCACAGACUCCCACCUCCACACUCCCAUGUACUUCUUCCUCUCCAACCUGUCCCUCGUCGAUACCUUCUUCUCUUCCACCACUGUGCCCAAGAUGCUGGUGAAUCUUUGGACCCAGAACCGGGCUAUAUCUUUUGUGGGCUGCCUUGCUCAGAUGUACAGCUUCCACCUGUUCGGGACCACGGAUAGCUUCCUCCUGGCUGUGAUGGCCAUUGACCGGUUUGUGGCCAUUGUCCACCCUCUACGCUACUCAGUCAUCAUGAGCCCUUGUGUCUGUGGGUUGCUGGUGGGGGUGCCAUGGCUGAUCACCAAUCUCCAGUCACUCGUGCACACCUGCCUCAUGGCUCAACUGACCUUCUGUGCUGGCUCUGAAAUCCCUCAUUUCUUCUGUGAUCUCAUGCCCUUGUUGAAGCUCUCCUGCUCUGACACGCACACCAAUGAGCUGGUGAUUUUUGCUUUUGGAAUCAUCAUGGGCAUCAGUCCUCUCUCAUGCAUCCUCCUCUCUUACACCUGCAUUUUCUGGGCAGUCUUCAAGAUCCCUUCUGCUCAGGGCAAGUGGAAAGCUUUCUCCACUUGUGGCUCACACCUCACUGUGGUGUCACUGUUCUAUGGCACCAUCUUUGCUGUGUACUUGCAGCCCACAUCACCUGCCUCCUCCCAGAAGGACAAGUCAGCUGCCCUGAUGUGUGGGGUGGUCAUCCCCAUGUUGAACCCCUUUAUAUACAGCCUAAGGAACAAGGACAUGAAGGCAGCCCUGAAGAAGCUUGUCGGCAAAGCAGUCUCCUCUCAGUCCUAG